CGCAAUGUUAAUCCACAUUUGUGUUGAUGGUAACUUCUAAAGAGUACCGAGUACAACGACUGGUUCUAAAGUUUACUCUGGUUUCCAUCAUUAAAUCUAUGACGUUGGAAAGAAAAUAUUUGGAACCAGGGUAUUAAAGAUGGCGCCGCCCAUUACACUUCGUGGGAGUGAUGGUAUUUGGAUGGUAAAUGGACCACCUACACUUGGAUCUCGUCCAGAUUUCCCAGGGGAAACCAGUUCAAAGACUAAAGUGGUAGUAUUCAGUUCAGAUGGGGCACUUAUAGCAUGGUGUAAUGGUGAAAGUGUCAAAGUUUUGAAAACCUCAGAUUACCAGCAGUUAUGGGAUUUACCUCACGCAAAAGUCCAGUGUAUGAAGUUUUCUCCAAAAGGCAGUAUUUUGUUAAUAUGGGAAAAUUAUUCAGUGAAUUCAGAAACACAACAGGGAAAUGCAAAUUUACAUAUAUACAACAUGCAAACAGGCAAACUGCUGAAGAGUUUGAUUCAAAAGAAACAAGCAAAUUGGGAUCCAGUAUGGACAAAUGAUGAAGGAAUCUGUUGCCGAAAUGUUAAUAAUGAACUUCACUUCUUUGAGAAUAAUGAUUUUGAUAGUAUUAAAACCAAGUUACACAUGCAGAAAGUGUCAAGUUUUGCUUUAGCUGUGAGUGGCCCUCCAUAUUAUGUAGCUGGUUACGUACCAGGAAGCAAGGGACAACCAUCAUUUAUUAGAUUAUAUAAAUACCCUAAUUUUGGUGGACAAGGAGCUGCCAUAGCCAAUAGAAGUUUUUAUAAAGCUGAGGAUGUGAAGAUGUUGUGGAACAAUGCAGGAACAGCAUUAUUGGCCUUAACUUCUACAGAAUUAUCUGAUCAGUCAUACUACGGUGACCAAGGAUUACAUUACAUGAAUAUCAAUGGGGAUGCAUGUCUUGUACCUAGAUCAAAGAAUGGACCUAUUUAUAAUAUUGCUUGGAGUCCAAAGUCUACAGAAUUUUGCGUUGUAUAUGGAUUUAUGCCUGCUAAAGCCACAUUGUACAACAUGAAGACAGAGCCUAUCUUUGAUUUUGGAACUGGACCAAGGAAUUGCUGUUUCUACAAUCCACAAGGGAACAUUUUGUGUCUGGCAGGAUUUGGUAAUUUAAGAGGGAAUUUGGAGUUUUGGGAUGUCAAACAAAAACGAAUGAUAACUCAAACACAGUCUCCAGAUACUACAAGUUUUGAAUGGUGUCCUGAUGGGGAACAUAUACUAACAUCAACUUGUACUCCAAGACUCAGAGUUGCUAAUGGCUAUAGAGUAUGGCAUUAUACAGGUACCUUGUUGCAACAAGUUUUGUUAGAGCAAAACCAUGAAUUGUGGGAAACUGCAUGGCAACCAGCACCUAAAGGAGCUUACCCAGAGAGACCUAUCAGAUACGGUGUAGUACAAGCUCCAGUUGAUGUACCUCAACCAGAUGUCAAACAAAAAGCAUACCGUCCACCUCAAGCAAGAGGAACAGAGGCAUCAGUUAAACUACAUGAAUAUGAAGCUGCAUCAGAUCCAACGAAGAAACUAAAUCCUGGUCAUAGUGGGGAAGAAUCUAAGGCAGCAAGUAAAAACAGGAAGAAGAGGGAGGCAAGGAAAGCUAAAUCAGCACAGGAAGAUGGUCAAGCAGAAACAGAAGCUACAGCCAGUGUUCCAGGGGGACCAUCACUAUCUGACUUAGGACGACCACAAUUAACUGGGGAUCCAGAGAUGGACAAGAAAAUUAAAAAUUUAAACAAAAAAUUAUCUGCAAUACAAAAACUCAAGGAGCAACAACAGGCAGGUAAACCACUGGAAAAAAAUCAGUUGGACAAAUUAAAGACAGAAGAAUCUCUGCUAAAGGAACUGAAAGAUUUAAAAAUAACUUAAAUAGUUUACGCACAUUUUCAAUGAAUUGUUUUACUGUACAGUGUAUAUCAGAUUUAAUAUUCUGUUGCAUGUUAUUUUCCUUGUUUAAAACUGAAUAGAUACAUGAUCAUGUUUGUGAGUUGGUUAAAUAAUAGGAAAGACAAUCUUAAAUUUAACAUUUUCAUUGAAUAACUUGUCUGACAACUGAAUUUUGAGAUGCAUUUUUUUAUUUCAAAAUGCCAAAUGGUUAAUUGAUUAUGCAGUUUAAAUUAAAAUUGUUACGUUUAGAAAGAUUAUUAAUAUGAGCAGAAUAUUUUGUUUUGUGUUUUUUGUUUUUUUGGUGAGUUUACUUUAUUUGCUCAAGCAGCUAAUGUUUCAAAAAAUAUUUGGCAUGUUAAAUUUUUAAUUUGAAUACAGGAGAAAUUCCCUGCUUUCAGGAUGGAAGGUAUGUUAAAGUCGAACUGUUGUAAAGGAUUACACAUGUUUCUCUAAAUAAAGAAUUUAAUGGAAUGGUAAUGUUUUGUGUGACACCAGCCAUAUUUUAAUAAGUCUCACAAAAUUUAAUUUUCUACAGUAGUUGAAAAGGAUAAAUUAUGUUCUGGUUAUUGAUAUGUAUAAAGUUUGAUUAAAGUAAGUAUUUUUUAUCCAACAUCAAUUACAGAAAUCUCAAUAAUUUGCCACCAUUAUACAUUUAUACACUGUCAAAAAUCUCCAAAGCUUUCUGUUAAUCUACUAACUUACUGAAAGCUGUGAUAUAUAAAAUAAGUGUAUAAAUUAUUGCUUUGUUAUUGAAAGAAAAAAGAUUUUUUCAAACAGUUA